UUAAUUCUUGUGCCCAAAGUAUUGAACUAGAGGCCAGGAAUGGUAUUGAUUUCUAAGUCUUCUGAAAAUUGUAAAUUAGUAAAAGCUAUAACACCAAGUCACCGAGCAUUUGCUCCGCUGAAGUGCAGAUGCUUCACUCACAUCCGUCCAUGACAAUGGCAGCAUUUCCCCUUGUCGUCUGUGCCAUCACGGCGCUCUUUUGCCCUCCUCUCUCAUCUGCCUCUUCUUCAUCGAUUUGUGCUGCGAACACGCACGGCCAUGGCAGAACGGCUUACCACUUCCAGCCCGCGAAGAACUGGCAGAACGGUAUGUAUACGCUCAUGUUGUUGUGAAUUGGUCCAGUCACAGACUUUGGUGAAUUAUCUCUUACGGAUGUGGAACCACUCAUGUGGAUGAGAAAACCAUGGACACGACGGGUGCUUACAGAUCCGAAUGGGCCCGUGUACUACAACGGCAUGUACCACUUGUUCUACCAAUACAACCCCCACGGCGCGCUCUGGGACGUCGGCAACCUCUCCUGGGGCCACUCCGUCUCCGGCGACCUCGUCAACUGGGCCGCUCUCGACACCGCGCUCGACCCGUCCCAGCACUUCGAUGCCAAUGGUUGCGCGUCAGGGUCUGUCACUAUCCUCCCCGACGGCGUACCAGUAAUCCUCUACUCCGGCAUCGACGCCGACCGCCGGCAGGUCCAGAACGUAGCGUUCCCCAAGAACCCCCAUGACCCACUCCUCCGCGAAUGGACCAAGCCCAGAUACAACCCUGUCGUCCCGCUCCCCGCCGACGUCUCAGCGGACAACUUCCGGGACCCCACCACCGCGUGGCUCGGCCGCGACGGGCUGUGGCGGCUCGCCAUCUCCGCCGUGGCCAACGGCGUGGGCACCACGCUCGUGUUCCGGAGCGCGGACUUCCUUCGCUGGGAGCGCAACGCUGCGCCGUUGCACGCGUCGCGGGACGCGGUCAUGGCCGAGUGCCCGGACCUAUUCCCCGUCGCGGAGCACGGCGCGGAGGGGCUGGACACGUUAGCGAGCGGCGCGGGCGUGAAGCACGUACUUAAGGUGAGCAUGCCGGACACGCUCCAGGACUACUACACGGUCGGAUGGUACGACGAGGUGGCGGACACCUUCGUGCCGGAGGACGGUGCGCGCGGGGGUGACGACUACCGGAGCUGGCGGAGGAUCGACCACGGGCACCUGUACGCGUCCAAGACGUUCUUCGACGCGCGCAAGAACCGGCGGGUGCUGUGGGCGUGGGUGAACGAGUCCGACAGCGAGGCCGACGACGUCGCCAAGGGCUGGUCCGGCCUUCAGUCGUUUCCGCGGGCGCUGUGGCUGGACAGCGGUGGGAAGCAGCUGGUGCAGUGGCCCGUCGAGGAGAUCGAGACGCUGCGGAGGAAACACGCGGUUUUGCUCGGCGCGGAGGUGGAGUCCGGCGGGCUGCGUGAGGUCGGCGGCAUCAUUAGCUCGCAGGCGGACGUGGACGUCGUGUUCGCAAUCCCGAGCCUCGAGCGGGCAGAGGGCUUGGAUCCCAACCGGCUCCUGGAUCCCGACGCGUUGUGCGGAGAGAAGGGCGCCUCCGUGCAAGGCGGAGUAGGACCGUUCGGAUUGCUGGUGACGGCGUCCGGCGACCUGCGCGAGCACACCGCCGUGUUCUUCAGGGUGUUCAGACUCCUGCACGAGUCCGUGGUUCUCAUGUGCACCGACCUGACAAGGUCGUCUACCAAGGCAGGAGUGUACAAACCGACACACGGAGGAUUCGUGAACGUGGACAUAGAGAACGACAAAAGCAUAUCGUUAAGAACUUUGAUCGAUCACACGAUUGUCGAGAGCUUUGGCGGCGGAGGACUGACGUGCAUGACGGCCAGAGUGUACCCCGAGCACGUCACAACAGGCAGCACUCACCUGUUCGUGUUCAACAAUGGAUCGGCUGCAGUGAAGGUGUCCAAGCUCGAGGCCUGGGAGCUUGCCACGGCGAGCGUCAAUGUUGAAGAUGACGAUUUGGCUGCAUGGAGUAGUAUGUGCCAAAGCGAGGUGUAUUAGUAAGAUUACUUCAUUACACAUGCGUGAUGCAUUGAUGGUCAAAUUAUGUUGUGGGAGAUUCAUCUGCACAUAAAACAGCAGCUAUUGUAAUCCUUGUAAGAACGGUUUAAUGAAAACCGAGGGCUAACCCCCUCUUCUCUAAAAAAUAAAUAAAACAGUAGCUAUACC